AUGAAAUACGGCCUUGAAUUACAACAAAACAUUUUCGCACCAUGGCGGUUGUCAUACAUUGCGUAUGAUGUGCUAAAGCAAGAACUCAAGACCCGGCAAUUGGAUCAUGGUUGGACUGAACGGGACGAAUCCGAUUUUGUGCACCUAUUAGAUAAUGAGCUUGCCAAAGUGUAUGACUUUGUCAACGCCAAGCUAUCCGAAAUUGAUGCACGUAUCCUGUAUUGCGAGCGGACAAUCCAAACAUUGCAAAAGAACGACAAGAUGGCAUCCGAUGGAAAUUGGCGACUUAUGGAUGAAGCGCUGACUGAAAUCCUUUUUGAUGUCAAUGACCUAUCACGGUUUACACGAGUCAACUUUACAGCCAUUCAAAAGAUCCUCAAGAAACAUGACAAGUGGACCCAUUUGAAUCUCAAGCAAGAAUACGUAGCCAAGUUGCGUGAUAAGCCAUUAGACAAACAACGAUUUGAUGUGGCGAUCAUUUACAUUUCGGCUCUUCACGAUAUUUGCCGCAACCAAGGUCGACAGCAUACAGGCAACUCAGCAUCAGGGGGUGAUCAAAAUGCUUUUGAACGUGCCACUGCCAAGUAUUGGAUCCAUCCAGACAAUAUCACUGAGGUCAAGGCGAUCAUCAUGUUACACUUGCCGGUGCUUAUCUUUAACAAGGAUAAAAAGUAUGAGCCCACCGAUUCGGCCAUUUCGAGCGUGUAUUAUGAUAACCCCAAUUUCGACUUGUACACGGGACGUCUUCAACGCGAUGAGGGUGCUGAAGCUAUCCGUUUUCGUUGGUAUGGCCCUGUCGAAUCCAAAAGUAUCUUUAUUGAACGCAAGACCCAUCAUGCUGCUUGGCUCGAUGGUGCAUCGGUCAAGGAUCGUUUUCGAUUGGAUGAAUCGCAAGUCAAUCCUUUUGUUCGUGAACAAUUGUCAGCUGACAGGAUUGCGGAUGACUUGAGAAAGAAAAAUGUGGAUGCUAGCACUGUUGACAAUGUCCAUUUUAUUGCAAGCGGUGUGCAACAAUCCUUCCGAGAAAAGAAGCUUGAACCAAUGCUUCGUGUGUUUUACAAUCGCACAGCGUUUCAGUUGCCUGGUGACCAGCGAUUACGUAUUUCCUUGGAUACCGAUUUGACAUUCAUUCGUGAGGAUCAUUUGGAUGGCCAACCUCGUCGACAACCUCCAAAUAAUUGGCGUCGUAAUGAUCUUGGUGUUGAUCAUCCUUUCAGCUAUGUGCGUCCUGAUGACAUUUUACGGUUCCCAUACGCUGUCUUGGAAACCAAGCUUCAAACACAUUUAGGUCAAGAGCCGCCUGUUUGGUUGACCAAAUUGAUUGAAAGUCAUCUUGUACAUGAGGUGCCACGCUUCUCAAAAUACUUGCAUGGUGCAUGUCACUUUUAUCGUGAACGCUUACCACUGUUGCCAUGGUGGCUGGCAGAGCUCAAUGUCGAUAUCAGAAAACCACGUAAUGAAAACAUUGGCCUUACACGUUCACGUAGCUUCAAGCCUCUUAUUGAUGGUCGUUACCGCCGUGCCAUGAUUGAAGAAAAGGAACGUGCCAACCAACAAGCUGUUGUUAACCAAGGCACUGCCACUGUGAUUGAGCCACGUAUGAGAUCCAACUCGCUGCAAGAUUCAUCUGGGGCUUGGUUACCUGUUCCCUCAACAAAUUCAUCCCAACAACCACAACAACAACGUGGUAGCGAUUAUACCAUGCAUCUUGAUGCCCCAGGUACAGCCACUGCAGCCACCAAUUCAUCCACUGUAUUAGCUGCACCUUCAUCCAUGCCACCACCUGUGCCUGAGAAAGCUGGAGGAGCCGCCAAUAAUGAUUCGGCAGCCAAUAGCAGACGUGGUAGUCGUUUCACUGAUGGCAAGUGGAUCGAACGUCUUUGGGGUGAUAAUCGUAACGAAGGGCCUGGUAAGGCUGUUGAUGAUGAUGCCUAUCGCCGUCAAAAGGUCAAAGUGCGAGUGGAGCCCAAGGUGUUUUUUGCCAACGAACGUACAUUUAUCUCUUGGUUGCAAUUUUGUGCAUUGCUACUCACGGUGGCUCUUUCUUUACUCAACUUUGGUGAUGCCACCUCACGUGUUGUUGGUGGUUUGUUCAUUGGACUUGCAGCUGCUGUUGCCAUUUAUGCACUUUAUCGCUUUGAAAAACGUGCCUGGAUGAUCAAUCGCCGCGUCGAUGGUCGCUAUGACGAUUUGUGGGGUCCUGCAGUCCUUUGCACACUGCUUGUUGCAGCUCUUAUUGUCAACUUUUACCUGCGAUUCAGGUAA